CCUAGGCGUCAGUUCCUUUUGCCAUCACUAGACAUGGCGUUGGCCAGCGUGUUGCAGAGCCCGCUAUCGGUGAACCAGCAGGGGUUUUUCGGACUCGGGGGUCGCGCGGAUCUGCUGGACCUGGGUCCAGGGAGUUCCAGUGAUGGACUGAGUCUGGCCGCGCCCAAAUGGGGUGUCCCCGAGGAGCCAGGAAUUGAAAUGCUUCAUGGAACCACCACACUGGCCUUCAAGUUUCGCCAUGGAGUCAUCGUUGCAGUGGACUCCCGGGCCACAGCGGGUGCCUACAUUGCCUCCCAGACUGUGAAGAAGGUGAUCGAGAUCAACCCCUACCUGCUGGGCACCAUGGCUGGAGGUGCAGCAGAUUGUAGUUUCUGGGAGAGGCUGUUGGCUCGGCAGUGUCGAAUCUAUGAACUUCGAAACAAGGAGCGCAUCUCGGUAGCGGCUGCCUCCAAGCUGCUUGCCAACAUGGUGUAUCAGUAUAAAGGCAUGGGGCUGUCCAUGGGCACCAUGAUCUGUGGCUGGGAUAAGAGAGGCCCUGGCCUCUACUAUGUGGACAGUGAAGGGAACCGGAUCUCAGGGGCCACCUUCUCUGUAGGUUCGGGCUCUGUGUAUGCCUAUGGGGUCAUGGAUAGGGGCUACUCCUAUGACCUGGAAGUGGAACAAGCCUAUGAUCUCGCCCGCCGAGCCAUCUACCAAGCCACCUACAGAGAUGCCUACUCAGGAGGUGUGGUCAACCUCUACCAUGUCCGGGAGGAUGGCUGGAUCCGAGUCUCCAGUGACAAUGUAGCAGAUCUACAUGACAAGUAUAGUAGCCCUGCCCCCUGAGGGAGAGUGGAUAUGGCCUCUUGCAUUUCUUUGGGUGACUGUCAUUGGUAGUAGGAGCACAGCACCCCAUUCUAUAAUGGAGGGGUCCCUAAUUGUAUUGAUCCUUUUUUUUAGCUCAUGUACAUUGACCUCUGUGUGUUACCAGUUGUUAAUGAGCUGCUGCAGAGGAAACUAUUUGUUUUACUUUCUUCACUGUUAAUAUUACACUACUCAACCUCA